GGGACCCCCCUACCCUCCCGCUUCCCAUCGCCACGCUUCAGCUCAGACCUCAGAGUCGCCAAGCGUUCAGCUAGCUACUGAGAGCUCGAUUUGGAUCGUGCACAGCCGCCUCUCGCGAUCAGCUCGCCGCAGCUCGGCGUUCUCGACCGUCGUCUCGGUCACCGCCCGCUCAGCACCCGCGACGAACCCGGUCGUCUCAGCUCCGCCGCCGCAUUAUCCGUCUCUCUCCGACGACGAUGUCGAGCAGGAGGUCCCGCGCGUCGGUCUCGGAGGAGGAGAUCAACGAGCUCCUCGCCAGGCUCCAGACGCUGCUCCCCAGCGCGCGCCGCCGCGGCGGUAGCCAGGCAUCGACGACGAAGCUGCUCAAGGAGACGUGCAGCUACAUCAAGAGCCUGCACCGGGAGGUGGACGACCUGAGCGACCGCCUCUCCGACCUCAUGGCCACCAUGGACCAGAACAGCCCCGGCGCCGAGAUCAUCCGCAGCCUCCUCCGCUAGCGAUCGAUCGACUACGAGCUGACGGCCACGGCCAGCCAUGGCGACGGAUACCCAUCGCCAUCGCCAUGGACGGCCUCGGCCUAGCUUAGCUAGCUCUCAGCGGAUCGGAGCUGAGUGUACCAUAUUCUUCCCCGGCAGCAGCUGCGACCUGAUGCUAAGGACGACGACGAAGUCUGGUUUAAUUGGUAGUACAAGUUUUUAAGUGCUUUGGUAGGGCAUUAGCCAUUAGCUAGGGCCGCCUAAGUAUGGUUCAUUUCUCCCUUCCA